AUGACGGCCCUACUAAAUAUCUUAUUUUUCAGCCUUUUCCUGCUGGAGCUGCUGGUGGGGAUGCUGGGUGAUGGAUUCAUCGUGGGGCUGUUGGGCAGCGAGUGGAUCCGAUGCAGGAAGCUCCCUCCAUGCGACAUGAUCGUGGCCAGUCUGGGAGCCUCCAGGUUCCUCCUGCUAUGGGUGACAAUGCUGAAUGGGAUCUAUGCCUCUAUCUUCCCCAAAUUUUAUGAAUGCAGUAUUUUCUUCCUCUUCUUUAACUUCCUGGGAGCAAUGUUGAGCCUUGUCUCCUUCUGGCUGGCUGCCGGGCUCAGCAUUUUCUACUGUGUGAAAAUCUCUACCUUCACCCACCCCCUCUUCCUCUGGCUGAAGCAAAGGAUUUCAGGACUGGUGCCCUGGUUCCUCACUGGCUCCCUGCUGGCUUCCUGUGUCACCAUUAUCCUGAUCACCACUGGCUAUAGCAUUAUCCUCACCCAGGAGCAUGCGUCAGGGAACUACACUGAAGUUGAGGGGAAAACAUCCCGGUCGCUUUAUAUCCUUUCCAUGACAUUUAUCAUAUUGUGUGUCCCGUUCCUCCUGCUCCUCAUCUCCUCCGUCCUGCUGACCACCUCCCUCCGGAGACACCUGAAGGCCAUGCAGCACCAUGGUCCUGGCCUGCAGGACUGCAGCACCAAGGCUCACACCCGUGCCCUCGUAAUGCUGGCCUCCUUCCUCUUCUGCUACGCUUUGUACUUUGUCAGCCUGAUCUUCAUCGCAGCCCUCAUUAUUCCAUUUAACAGUCCCUGGAUAUGGCUGAUCCAGAUGGUUACUUACUUAGGACCAAUAAGCCACACCUUCAUGCUGAUAUGGAGCAACCCCAAAAUCCGGGGGGCCCUGGAGAGGGGGGGCCUGCAGCUGAGCACCCGAGUUAGCAGCACAAUUUACCCUGUCCUUUCUGACCCUUGCAUUGAAAAUGACUAUGCUCAAAGACGGGACCAAGUUUGUUGGCUGAGAGUGUUGAUCUGCAACUUUGCUGGUGACUGGGGCAGAACCCAGAACACCCCCCCGUUUGGCUGUUCAUUACAUCUGCUCACUCGUCCAGAGCUCAGGGAGCUGAAGGAGAUUGGGAUCGGAGCCGGGGAUAUGGCAGCCCCAUGGCCCAUCUUCUUUUUCAGCCUUUAUCUGCUGGUGCUCUUGGUGGGACUCCUGGGUGAUGGAUUCAUCGUAGGCCUGUUGGGCAGCGAGCAGGUCUGA